GCGCAGGCUGGCCGCCACCCGAUCGCGGGCCUCACCGCCCCGGCCGCUGGCCGCUGCGGGGUGGCGGGGCCGCGACGCCGAUGCCCUGGGCGCGGUGGACGUAGAGGCGUCCGCGGCGCCGAGCCGGGCCUUCGCGCGCCGCGCGGCGCACGGGGCGUCCACCCCCGCCGCGGAGCAG